UUGCAAACUUAAGCGUGUCUAAUUCAAUUGUGAAAGUAGUGUAGGAUGGUGACGGUCGUCUCCUGCGUAACGCAACCAUCGGUCACAGCGCCCACUGCAGUGAACAGUUCCGCCAUGGAUGGAAAUUGCCAAUCUAUUGCCAUCCCGAUGUGCCAACAAAUGCCGUACAAUGCGACCAGGAUGCCUAAUUUACUUGGAAUGACACACCAGGAAGAUGCUCUGAUAGCAUUAGAACAAUUUCGUUACUUGCCUGAUACCAACUGCUCUCCAUAUUUGGUUUUUUUUCUGUGUGUUAUAUACACACCAAUUUGUACAUCUGAACUCCCUUCAUUUUUGGCUACUAUUCCACCGUGUCGGCAGGUGUGUGAGCAAGUCAAAUCACACUGCGAGCCACUCGUUAAAAAAAUGGGAUUCGUUUGGCCACGUGCUUUAGAUUGUUUUUCUUUUCCUGAUGUAACAAAAGCCGAAAGUGUUUGUCUUACUCCCGAAGCCAUUCUAAAACAACAUACACCUAUAAAACAUCCUGAAAAUUGCCCUUGCUUCCGUCAUCCGAAGCUAAAACAACGACUCUAUCUCAAAAGGCGCUUCGAUUUUGCUGUUCGCGGGAAAGUGGAGUGGUCGGAAACGUUUGGUUCUCUAACUCUAACCAACAUAGAAGUGAUUGAGGUUUUUAAACACGGAAAAGUCCGAAUCGACCCCCUCUCCAGGGAAGUUCUUUGGACAAAUACUUCAUGCGGCACGUGCCCACGACUUGAUCCAGGUAGAGAAUAUUUUCUUUUGGGCCACGAAGACGUCACUCGCCAACGGCUUUUGUACACUACUCUCAGCGUCGGACUGGAAUGGCGUAAAAAAUACGCCUUACUCAUUGGGAAAUGGGAAAAGGCUAAGAAGCAGACAUCCAACACAACAAAGGGCAACUAAAACCAUUAAUCUAUACCAUCUGGUCACAUACCCAAAUUAUGCUCUGCCUCGUCUUUAUUUUAAAUUACAGUUACAUGUAAGUUGAUUUGUUGUUCUAUACAAGGGAUUAACGAGACAAUAGAGCGCUAAUUUUGCGGGAUAAAAGGAGAAAGAAAUUUGGAUGACAACAGACACGACCAAAUGGUAUAAACAUCUGACUAAAGAAACA